AUGCGGCCCCUCAGGGACGGCCGUGUGGCCCUGGUCGGCUGGUCGUCGAACAUGCGAUGCCAGGCUGUCUUCAUUUGUGGCGGCCCAGCAGCACAGGAUUGCACCGACUUUGCCCAGGAGCUCCCCGUUGAUUGUCUGGUAGACGAGCCCGCCAAGCUACAUGAGUUGAGAAAUGGGCUCGCCUUGGUCUCCGCGACGAAGGUCCUCUUGUGGGAUGCGGAAGCAAUGCUUUGGGGCCGCCGUCCCGUCGCGCAGUGGCCAGGAAACUUCACUCAUUCCGUGGCGCUUUCAGAAGGUCUUGCAUUGAGAAGCUGCAAUGCGACUUGGGGUUCGUGCAGUUUCAUUGUCCUGCAUGCGGUCGUGUCUCAACUCGGCACCUACCUUUGGAUGCAACCGCUUCGGUAUGUCAGCCCGCCCGGUGAAGGCAACCUCAAGGCAAAGCCAGCAGCGCUGCAGGAUGGCGGCUUGGCCAUUGUCUCCCGGUUUGGACGGAGAGGUUCGUGUUCUCUUGAAGUCGUCCUGUUCGCACCAUCUGCACUGUCGAGUGGGACAUCCGUGCCUGCAAAUGCAUCUGGACGUACGCAAGAAUUGCUACCACCGUCCGAUCCUUGCGAAGAUGGCCUGGACAUGAUCGUGGAGACAGUGGUGCACAACGGAUCCGAAUUCUUGCUCGUUUUCUCAGACACCGCCAUUCAUCGAUUUCUGGUGGCUUCUGGAACAUUAGGACCCAUGAGCUCUCAGGUGUUUCCGCUGUCGGAACUGCCCAUCCAGCCAACAGCUGUAGCGGCUUUACCAGAGAAUGUGCUCGCCGUGGCAACGAGCGAAGCCAUACGCCUUAUGCACUUCAGGGAUGGCCCUCUUUCCUGGUUAGGAAUGCCACUUAAGGUGAGGCAUGGUGGCCUUGCCGUUGCUGAAAUGCUACCCUGGGGCAGGAGCGGUCUUUGCGUGCGCGAUGAUACGUAUUACUUCUUCAACUACUCGGUUGCAACUUUGGAUUCCGCUGUUCUGUGGCAGACAACCCUGGAGGCAGCACCGAACCUGCAGGAGUCGCGGGUCACGAGUCUGGUGGGGAUCGCCGGUGGCGUUGCUGCCUUCGUCCUAACGGAGAAUGCGACUGACCUGGUCUUCUUGAGGAAUUCCACCCCUCAUGGUGAUUGGACGAGGGUGGUGCUGCGUUCAAUGGAAACGGGAAGCGCACCUUUCGCCAGCAUGGUUGCAGUGUCAAACACUAUUUUGGCCUUCUGCACUGGAAAGGGCGGGAACUGGAGUUUCUGGGACCUCUCCGAGCCUCUGCACAGAAGAUCGGAGAACUCGUCGGAGGCCCUCGAUGCCUUCUGCACGCUUCCGGCGCCCGUUCGAACGCCAAAUGCGGGCCGAUUGCUCGGUGCCACCGGCCAGGGUGGUCUGGUCGUGGCCAAUGCAUCCGGGCUCUUGGUUCUUCCUGCCGCGGGCAUUCGACGCUGUGACCUGUCGUACCUGCUGCAAAUGCACUCACCUGACUCCGCCAGAGCCUAUACGCCGUUUGUAGGGAUGCGGCCGGGACGUCGCGCUGUUCCCUGCUGUGGAGGUGGGUUCGCCGUUGUUCACUCAGGCGUUCGUUCCAGCCCGGGUCUGCAACCCUGGGACCAGAUGUCUUUGUUCAACGCCUCGGCGGCCAUUCGCGGUGGCGAGCCGUUCGCCGAGCUGAAGUUCGACAGCGACUGGAAUCUCAUCACUUCCCUGUUCCCGCUGGAAGAUGGGGCCUUCCUAGCGGGAGCCACAUCCAAGAAAGUCUACCGAUACGAGCAAGCCCAGGUACGAGGGCUCGUCGUGCUGAACGCUUCGACUGCCUUCGAGAUGGAGUCAGUUCCCUGGUCUCUGGCCUCCUGGUCGGGGGGCCCCGGUGGCAGCGCGCUGCCGGAGAUCGUCGUUGCCGAUCAGGUGGUCUACCGUGCCCAGCGCUGUCCGGAAAUGACGUACGGCCACUGGGGCAAUUGUAUCGAUUGCCCGGACUUCACCUUGUCCAUCCAGGGCGCAAAAGCCUGCAACUUCAGGCCUGGGAACCGCACAGCGAUGGCUUUGCUCCUGGGCUUUGCCCUGGUGGCUGUCGCCCUCCUAGCGGGGAGGAGCCUGGAGCCCAAGUUGCUGCACUCUGCGCCGGUGGGCCUCCAGGUCCUUAGGGCUCUGGCCUUGGCUUGCGCUCUUCUCCCCGUCUUUGCAGGAGUGGUCGAAGGAAUCUUUGGACCAGCCUGGUUCGCAUCACUUCUGGUCUUCUUGGCACUGGUAGGCUUGGCUAUCGAGCACUGGAUGUGGCGGCGACAGGGGCUGGUGGAGAUGCCUGCGUUUACUGGGCUGCUCUUGUGGAUGGCCUGCAGUGCCCUCGUGAUCAGCUUCAUGCUUGUACUUGACACGGCAGAUCUUCGAGAUCGUCACCCGCAGCUGACAAUGCUGGGCCUGGACAAAGGGGAGAGCAGGUGGUUCUGCAUUCUGGUCUUGGCCACCCAGCCCGUCGUGAUCGUCGCUGCCACAGCGUGGCAAGCAAAGGUGCGAAAGAACGCCCCGCGUCGCCCUCUGUCACGAGGGCUUCUCUACACCGAGCCUGACGGCCGUGACAAUUUCAACUACUGGCCGCACUACCGAUGCAUGCAGAGGUGUGGGUGCCGGGCCGUUUCCGGCUGUUUCGAAAGAAUGCGCAGAUUGCUCAAGAGCUGGGAAGGCCGCCACUGGAUCAUGGUCGUGAAUGCCAGCAUCAGUGCCACAGUGUGCUUGUAUCAAUACGUGCAAUCGAACAGCGGCCCGCGAGAGUCCGUGCUGGCUGUGGUGCUUUGCUUUGGGCUGCUGUCAAUGUUUACAGGUAUCUUAGCUUUGUCAUCUGACGCUUUGCGGCUGCCAGAGAAGCUGGAUCGGCACUUUCGCUGGAGCGUCCUGUGGAAAGUCGAUAUGCUGGCCUUCAAGGUGGUAUUGCUGGCCAUACCGCAAGCCAGCUCAGUGGUGCAGAUGGACUCCAUCUUGAGCUGUGGUUUCGAUGCUUUCUGUCCUAGUGACUGCGUGAGUCAAGAUGGAUACUGCACACGCUUUGGCAAUUCUGGCAGUCCGGUGUGCAAGUGCAGCAUGCCGGAGGUGAAUUGGGCCGUGUACAUCCUGACUGCCAUCACCAGCUUUCUUCUCUGCAUGCUCACGUUGAUACUCGGAUGA